CCGCACGUGUUUUCAACGCGAUGCCGAAAUCCAAGCGCGACAAGAAAGUUUCCUUAACCAAAACUGCCAAGAAAGGCUUGGAAUUGAAACAGAACCUAAUUGAAGAGCUUCGGAAAUGUGUGGACACAUACAAGUACCUCUUCAUCUUCUCCGUGGCCAACAUGAGGAACAGCAAGCUGAAGGACAUCCGGAACGCCUGGAAGCACAGCCGGAUGUUCUUUGGCAAAAACAAGGUGAUGAUGGUAGCCUUAGGUCGAAGCCCAUCUGAUGAGUACAGAGACAACCUGCACCAGGUGAGCAAGAAGCUGAGGGGUGAAGUUGGUCUCCUUUUCACCAAUCGCACUAAGCAAGAAGUGAAUGAGUGGUUCACUAAAUUCACAGAAAUGGACUUUGCCCGAGCUGGUAAUAAAGCAACUUUCACAGUGAGCCUGGAUCCUGGGCCCCUGGAGCAGUUCACCCACUCCAUGGAGCCACAGCUGAGGCAGCUGGGCCUGCCUACUGCCCUCAAGAAAGGUGUGGUGACCCUGCUAUCUGACUAUGAGGUAUGCAAGGAGGGUGAUGUGCUGACCCCAGAGCAAGCGCGCGUCCUGAAGCUUUUUGGUUAUGAGAUGGCUGAAUUUAAAGUGACCAUCAAGUACAUGUGGGACUCACAGUCUGGAAGGUUUGAACAGAUGGGCAAUGACUUGUCUGAAAGUGCAACUGAGUCGGAAGAAGAGUCAGAGGAAGAUGACGACUGACUGGGAUGCUCAGAGUGGGGGCCUCUGGUGCUUC